GCCAGUGUUAGCAAAGCCUCAGUGAAAUUCAGCGCAAUCAUCAAGGGCUAAGAGUUUUGUGGCUGUUUUUGGCGUUCAUUCGCUGAAACAUCUUCUACCGUUCGCGUUGAUCAAAAGGGGAAACUAUUUUUAAGAGGACAGAGAAUAUUUGAAACGAAAAUGAGGCCUAAAUCACUUCUUUUGGCUAUUCUUGUUGUCAGCGUUGCCUUCGCAAUCGAACACACCAUGGCGGACUUCGAUGGCCUAAUUGACAUUGACGAGGACAGUGACGAUCGCGUCUCACAACAUUUUGAGAAAAGAUCGGUGGAAAGCUCUAUUGGCGAAGGCGACGACGAAGAUGAUUACGGUUCUGUAAUAAUGUCCGACGAAAGUGGUAGCGGCAGCGGUGAUGAACCAACUACAGAAGACAGUAUUGUCGAUGUUUCUGUUGUUAGUCCAACCAACGAAAAAGCGACUGCCACAACUGAACAGACCACGACAAUUAACAACGAAAUCACAGAAGGCACAGAGGAACCGACAGAAGACGAAGUGUCAGAGGAACCUACUGAUGGAAAUGAGGUUGGCGAUGGUGAUAUGUUCGGUGGUGGUAUCUCAGAGACAGAUGCACCGGACGAAGAUGAUUCUCCGAACGCCGAAGCACGGGUUGAUGAAAAGAGCGCGUUAGGAGUUCUGACCACCGAAGUUAUUGCAGCAGUGGUUGUGGGAGCCGUUUGUGCUGUGAUUCUCAUUGCAUUCCUUGUGUAUCGGCUCCGGAAACGAGAUGAAGGCAGCUAUGCUUUGAGCGACGCAGGUUAUAAAGACACGUACAAACUACAAGGCGACACGGGGAAGGAAGCAUUCGUGUAAACGAAGUGGAUGAGUUCUAUUUUGUAAGCAGAACUUUUAGCAAUGGACGCAAGCAAAAUUUUUUAUCGAGGUAAUAGUGUAGGUACGAUAAGAGAGGCAUAAAAUAUUGAGUACGCCAUCGAGAUUAGCCUCGCCAACUAGUAAGUCGUACGGUAUUAAAACACAGAUCUUUCACGAUCUGAACUAAUGCAGGACUGCUAGAUGAAAUCGCCUCUUAGAACUAGUUUAUUCGUAAUCAGAAGGUAAAAAGAAGGCUUCUGUCCAUAAUUUGGUAGUUUUGAGGCUUAAAGUAGAAGCGAAAUCGCUCCGUCAGAAUUAUUUUCGUAUGUUUUUAAGGUUAUGACAAGCGGUUAGUUUUUAUCGUACCUUCGUUAGGGUGAAUUGUCCAUAACUUUUCCAGGUUUUUUUGUACAUGAUAUAUAGUUCUUUAUGAUUUUUUUAAUCUAUGUUCUUUUUAAGAGUGUCAAUAUAUCAUUUAAGAAGGCAUGACUAUAUAAUAUUAGUAUAUAUACAUGGAAAAAUAUACGAUUUUAGAAAAAAAGCAAAAAAAAAACCAACAAAAUACAAGUUGCAAUGUAAGUUUCUGACAUGUUAUGUAUUCCCCACCUUCAACAAGGUUUAUAUGUGCUCGAAAUAACGAUAUAAAAGGCUGUUUCUUUAAGUAAGUCGAUAAAAAUAGUAUUGAUAAUUUUUUUGAACAUUCUUUGUGACAUCAAGAGAAGUAACAGAACCAAGGGGAGGUAUUUAUGGGUUUAAUUUAGCGGAUUUUUACGUUGAAUACCAGCAAUAAUAUGCGCCUUCUGGCAGACUGGCACUCAAUUAUUCACAAUGUAAAUGCUCUCGAUUUUGAAACCGCACUAGCAUGUGAAGAAGGCCGCUAAGUCGGUCCCUUUUUUGUAAUAAAUAAACCUUUGAAGUCAUUUUCCAUA